UGUGCAAUCCCUAAAUUUGUGUUUACCUUACAUGUGUAUAUUUUCAGUGUGUGUAUGGAAAGCUUUUUUUAAUGCUCUAGAUGGGGCGGAGUGCCACUGUCUAGUAUGCUGUUAUGGGCUACAUGAAAUAAUUACACAGCCAGUUCUUAAUCUUCAGAUUUUUCUUUUCACCAGGUUUUGCACUGAUUGUAAAAAUAAAGUCCUCCGUGCAUACAAUAUCCUUAUUGGUGAACUUGAUUGCAGCAAAGAAAAGGGCUACUGUGCUGCACUUUAUGAAGGCUUGCGAUGCUGUCCACAUGAACGACACAUACAUGUUUGCUGUGAAACAGACUUCAUUGCACAUCUUUUGGGUCGUGCUGAGCCAGAGUUCGCAGGAGGGCGAAGAGAAAGGCAUGCUAAGACAAUAGAUAUAGCCCAAGAAGAAGUUCUGACCUGCUUGGGAAUUCAUCUUUAUGAAAGACUACAUCGAAUUUGGCAAAAACUACGGGCAGAAGAGCAGACAUGGCAGAUGCUUUUCUAUCUUGGUGUUGAUGCUUUACGCAAGAGUUUUGAGAUGACUGUGGAAAAGGUACAGGGUAUUAGCCGAUUGGAACAACUUUGUGAGGAGUUUUCAGAGGAGGAACGAGUAAGAGAAUUGAAGCAAGAAAAGAAACGCCAAAAACGGAAGAAUAGACGAAAAAAUAAGUGUGUGUGUGAUAUUCCUACUCCCUUACAAACAGCAGAUGAAAAGGAAGUAAGCCAAGAGAAGGUAGUAUUUCUUAUAUCAGCUCAUAAAUGUAUAGAUACUGCUUUAGAUAGAAGUAUUGCUUUUGCUAGAUUUGGGCAUUUUUUACUGUGCUUUUCCAGAU